AUGAAUGUACUUUCCUCACUGCUAGAUGUUGCUUCCAGGAUUAAUGUGUUUAGAUUCCACCCAAAAUGCAAAAAAAUUCCCCUCACUCACCUCUGUUUUGCUGAUGACCUCCUUUUGUUCUAUCAUGGAUCACUGGAUUCUGUGGUGGGGGUGGUUAGUUUCUUGGACAAGUUCUAUGAGAUUUCUGGCCUUAGAUUGAAUGCUACAAAGACUGAAUUAUUUACUUGUGGGAUAUCAGAAGAUAAAUUUGAGCUGAUUCAUAGAGCCACUGGUUUUAGGAUUGGUCAGCUUCCUGUUAGAUAUCUUGGGGUGCCCUUGGUCACACGUAAGCUCACUAGCAAGGACUGCUCGGCAUUGCUGGUGAAAAUUAAGGACAAAAUUGAUAAGUGGUCCAGCAGAAAACUCAGUUAUGGGGGUAGACUUCAGUUUAGAGGCAGCGACACCUCUACUAGUGGUGCUAGAGUGAGCUGGAACCAGGUGUGCUCACCUAAAUCUGAGGGAGGAUUGGGCUUAAGGAAGCUUGUUGACUGGAGUAAAGCAUGUUGUCUAAUGCUUAUUAAGUGUAUCCUUGCGGGGGAAGGGUCACUGUGGAUUGUGUGGAUUAAGAGCUACUGUUUUAAGUAUGUUGAUUAUUGGUCUGUGGUUAGUAAACCUCAUUUCAGCUGGAUUCUCAGCAAGUUGAUUAAGCUGAGGGAGGAGGCUGGGCGUUUAUUUAGGCCUUUGGCUAGCUUAUCUCAGGUCAAUGACAGGUGGAUAUGGGAUAGUGUCCGCGAAAGAAGUGACAAGGUUGCAUGA